AUGGUGGUCGUGGUGGUCGUGGUGAUCGUGGUGGUCGUGGUGGUGUGGUGCUGGUGGCUGUGCAGGACGGCAGUGCUCCAACGCCUAUCCCACUUUGAAACGAAACAUUUUGUGGGGGGACACGCAAGGAGGGGUCUCGCGCCCACAUUGGUCGGCAUACGAAACCGGGGUCCCGAACGGAAUGGGCUCCGGAGGAGGGUUCCGGGGGAGAGCACGCCAUUGACUGGCACAUCUGCCACUUCUGCCAUCGUCCAUGUACUGUGUAGGGGGGAGACGUGCGGAUGUGACCGAGACUCAAUUCCGCCUUCAUCAUCUGCGACGUCUUAUUGGGUCGCGGCAUCGAGACGCGAUCUGGCUUGGUUUGGUCAGGGACGAGUGUGGGGAUGGGUAUUGGAUACCGUUAGAGGGGAUCCGCGAUGCCGCGUUUGGGGUCCAUCUGAGAUCCGCCGCUUUGCCAGCCAUGUCCCAGAAGGGCCUGACAGUUGA